CCGUAUCGAAAUUUAACACGCGUAACAUAGGCGGUCGAACGUUUUACGUGUUAUUAGAUAGGUACUCAUCCAUGUCCAACGUACAACGAGCGUUUACGUAUAUUUCAUUUUAAUAUUUGUGCAUGAUAUUUAUUUUAUAAGUAAUAAUUUUUAUGUAUUAUUAAUUUUGGUGACGGUAGUUACGUAUUAUUAGUUUACAAAUCAAUAAUAGUAUAUACAUGUAGAGUAAAUACUUUUUGGUAAUUACUCACGCGGAUAGGAUAUUAAUAAAUUUAGUAGAUAUAAUUUAUAAGUACCUAGUAGAUAUAAUUUAUUAAAAAUUAUAUAUAUGUAAUGUUUAGAUAAAUAUAUGUCAGAAUCCGAUAGUUCAGAUAUUGAUACUAGUUCUGCGGACAGUUCAAUAAAAGUUGAAAAUUAUAAAUCUAGGAAAGAAUUAAAAGAGGCAGUUUUAAAAGACGCUGUAAAGAAAGAAUUUUUAGAACAAACUAGGAAAAACAUAGUUAAAACUGUUAGGAAAAAUUUAGUAAGAACACAUAGUUUAACAGAACAGAUAGGUACCGCGCCACGAAAACAAACCGUAGGUCGUUUAGGUACUAGGUCAGACUCAAGCGUAAUUCACGUGCAGUUAGAGUCAGUGGUUAAGAAAAAAAUGAGUAAAAUGGAUUUAGAUAAAGCAAUUGCUAUGAUACCUAUUUGCACGGGCAAAAAGGACGUAGCCGAAUUUAUAAAUAUUUGUGAAAUCGCAAUUAAAGAAACAACGGAAGCAGAUACACCGAUAUUAUUAAAAAUAAUUACUUCUAAGUUAACGGGAAAUGCGUUAGAAGUAACAAAAUAUCGAAAUUUAGAAACAUGGGGAGCAAUAAAAACAAUAUUAGAAGGGGCAUUCGAACAAAAAGUAUCGGAGAGGGCCCUAUCAAUAGCUUUAAACACGGCACGUAUGGCCGAGGGAGAAAGUGUAGCAAAAUUCGCUAGUAGAAUCGAAGAGUUGUAUUAUAAACUCUGCGCGGCAAGUACGAUAGGUGCUAUUAUAACUGCGGCUAGGACAGGGGUAAUACACCCAAGUUUAAUGACACCGCGAGAAAUGGCAGACCAUUUAACGCAAAUUAAGUUAACUUUACCUAUUAAUUUAAAUUUGCCUAUGGGCACAAAUCCGAAUGAAAUUUACGAGCUAAGUAAAAUUACAAAAAUGGCAGUGUUCUAUAAGGAUAGUCAAAUAGUAUUCGUAAUAAAACUUCCGCUGGUUACCGAAUUGGAGCUCACGUUGUUCAGAAUACUUCCAAUACCACAGCCGGUCGAAACAAUGAUAAACGGAAUAAAGAAUAAAAAUCAUAGUAUUGUUUUAAAACCAGAAUUCCAAUAUGUAGCGAUUACAAAGAAUAGGGAACAAUAUACCACGUUCACAGAAACUCAGCUUUUACAUUGUACGGAAACAGAAAUAUUCACAAUAUGUCCAGAGUUUUCACCAGUCGUUCAUUCGAACAACAAAAAUCCAUGUGAGAUAGCUUUAUUCAAAAAUCCGGAUGUCUUGCCAGAAACAUGCGAGACGGGAGUCCUAGUAUUAUCGAAAGACAUAUUUUAUAAAUUAAAACAUGCAAACACUUGGAUAUACACAACAAAGGGUGAAACAUUGACUAUUGCGUGUAGGGAAAACUCGGAACCAUAUAUUACAAAAAUACGGAAGCAAGGAUUAAUUUGGUUAAGCUCAAAAUGCAGAGCGUACGGAAACGAUAUCAUUUUAAAUCCGACACAAGAAAUAAAAUCAAAACACUAUGUUAACUUUAUACCCGAAGUAGGACAGGGAAAAAUAUCAUUUAAAGUAUCCGAUAGAAUAAAGAGUAUGAACCUACCUAAGAUAAUGGUUAACCAAGAUUCACAUAAACUCGAAAAAAUACACGAAAUAGCACAAUCGUUAGAUAAGGUGCAACAACAAAUCGACAAUGAAAUAUUAACACAAUCAGGACAGCUUACUUCGUUGCGACGUCCGCAAUAUGAAAUGGUACGAUUAGGUAGAAGUAAACUCUGUACGGAUGAUGUCAAAGUUGAACAAAAGUUUAAUAAGGUAGACGAGCAAAAUACACUCGGAGGGGAGGAUGUACCACCUCAAAUAAAAUAA